AUGCCUUCCGAACGCGAACUUCAAAUCAGCCCUGUCGUCCCUGAGUCGGUGGUCCAUAACACAAAGGCUCUCUCCAACCUUCACAGUCUCACUGCAUCUCUCUUCGGAGUCACCGCUGGCGUCCUUGGUCUCGAAUCAUACUACGGCUUCCUUAUCUACAUCGUCUUCUCUUUUAUCACCACCUUCCUCUUCUACUUCCUCAAGGUUGCUCCCGAAUCGCUUCCCAAGGGCCACGCUCCUCUUGACCCUUCCCGGUUUUUUCGCGGCCUCUUCGAUUUUUGGGUUGGCGGCAUAUUUAAUGGAAUUUCGGGCUUUGUCUUGACAUGGACAUUAUUUUAUGGCCUAGUUAGGGCAUAG